UGAGCCUCCUGAAAGUGAAAGUAAAUCAGUGUGAGUGAGAGAGCAACAACGGGGAGGGAGCUUUGCUCUGGGCACACUGUUUACAACAACUUAGAAAAUGGCUUCAAAGCUGCAAGAAGAGUUCUCUUGUCCUGUGUGCACGGAGAUCUACAAGGACCCUGUGCUCCUGUCUUGUAGUCACAGCUUCUGUAAAGUCUAUCUGCAGCAGUUCUGGGAUACCAAACCAUCCAGAGAAUGUCCAGUCUGCAGGAGGAGGUCAUCAAGGGACACACCACCAACUAACCUGGUGUUAAAAAACUUGUGUGAGGUGUACUUACAAGAGAGAAGUCAGAGAGGACCACUGUGUCUUCUCCAUGGUGACCCACUCAGGCUGUUCUGUCAUGAUGAUCAGCAGCUCGUGUGUUACUCGUGUCGAGACUCAAAACUCCACAGGAGUCACCGGUGCAGUCCUGUUGAUGAAGCAGCAGCUGACCGGAAGGAGGAGAUCAAAAUCAAACUAGAUGCCAUAAAACAGAAGCUGAAGGCUUUUGAAAAAGCAAAACUCACCUCUAAUGAAACAGCUGAACACAUUAAGACUCAGGCCGAGCACACAGAGAAAUGGAUCAAGGAAGAGUUUAAGAAGCUUCUCCAGUUUCUACUAGAUGAAGAGGCAGCCAGGAUAGCUGCACUGAGGGAGGAAGAGGAGCAGAAGAGUCAGAUGAUGAAGGAGAAGAUUGAGAAGAUGAGCAGAGAGAUCUCAUCUCUUUCAGACACAAUCAGAGCCGUAGAAGAGCAGAUGCAACCUGAUGAAAUCACAUUCCUGCAGAGCUACAAGAGCACAGUGGAAAGAGCCCAGUGCACACUGCAGGAUCCAGAGAGGGUUUCAGGAGCUCUGAUCAAUGUGGCAAAGCACCUGGGCAACCUGAAGUUCAGAGUCUGGGAGAAGAUGCAGGACACUGUUCAGUACACUCCUGUGACUCUGGAUCCCAACACUGCACACCCACUUCUCAUCCUGUCUGAGGAUCUGACCAGUGUGAGAUAUAACGAGAGACAGCAGCUUCCUGAUAACCCAGAGAGAUUUGAUAGGUGGGCCAGUGUCCUGAGCUCUGAGGGCUUUAACUCAGGGACUCACUGCUGGGAUGUGGAGGUUGGGGAGAACACACGGUGGGAGGUGGGUGUGAUGGCAGAGUCUCUCCAGAGGAAGGGAGACUACACCUCCAUGAGUGGAUGCUGGUGUGUGGUGUAUAAUGGUGCUGCAUAUGCAGCACUUGCUCCCCCACAGCCCUACACUCUACUCACAGUGAAGCAGAAACUCCAGAGGAUCAGAGUGCAGCUGGACUGGGACAGAGGAAAGCUGUCAUUCUCUGACCCUGAUAAUAACACACACCUGCACACUCUCACACACACAUUCACUGAGAGAGUGCUUCCAUACUUCAAUAGUUCAUUUCUUCUGAGGAUCUUACCUGUAGGGGUCUCUGUAACAGUGAAGGCCUCACAGUAGAGCAGCUCAGGUAGAAUUGAUAGUUCCUCUGUCUGGACCAGGACUGACCUACAGAGAGGGAUGGAGACCAGUGGAGGUCAGUGACGAAUCACUAAUAACAGCACUGAUAUGUAUCAGGACUGGUCUGCAUGAUGAAUCACUAAUAACAACACUGAUAUGUAUCAGGACUGGUCUGCAAAAUGAUUCAUACUGCAGCCUGGAAAAUAUUGAUUUAAUUUUGAAUUUCUCUUGACCAAUAUGUUUGUUCUGACUUAAAAUGACACUGCCACAUGCCAAAAGACAAUGUAGACUCAUGGAAUAAAAAAUAAGCAGUUUCAUCUUAUUUAACAUUUCUAUGAAAAAUGGCAUGUCCCAAAUUAUUCAUGCCCUUUCUAAAUAACAAAUGGAAACAUCUUUAUUUGCUCUUGAUAUGGUUCUUAUAUCUUAUAAUACCUACCAAGCUUCUCCAUCUCUCUACAAUGAUUCUAGACCGCACCUUUUUAGCAGCAAUCAAGGAUUUUCAGUCAGGAACGAUUAUUUGCCAUCACUCUGUCCUUGUGCUCACUUUUUUUACAGAUUGAGGUCUGUACUAUGGCUGGGCCACUCUAAAAUGUUGAUAUUGUUCUCUGUUAACCAUUUCUUGUCUUGUUUGGCUGUAUGAUUUGG